AUGAAUCAUACUUUGUCAACGACCAGCAAAAGCUCAGUCGUCACCAUAUUACGCUCGCUUAACUGGCCAAAGACGAUCUUUCUCGUUGGGAUUCCCUUAGCUGCUACAAUCAGUCUGCACUGGAUUCCUCUUCGUAAGGAGACCUUCUGGGUUGGGCUCGCCUAUGCCUAUAUUCGAGCUCUCACUGUUACCGCUGGCUAUCAUCGCCUCUGGGCGCAUAGAUCCUAUUUAGCCAGCACGCCCCUCAAGAUCAUUUUUGCCAUUAUCGGGGCUGGUGCUGGCCAAGACACUAUUAAGAAAUGGUGUCGUGAUCACCGGGCCCAUCAUCGCUACGUUGAUACCGACAAGGAUCCAUAUAGCAUGUCGAAAGGAUUCUUUCAUGCCCAUAUAGGUUGGGUUUUAUUCGAACAGAGUGACCCCGUUCGUGGAGUCCUGGCUACUGGCCGUGUGGAUAUCAGUGACCUCCGAUCAGACCCCGUCGUGAUAUGGCAGCGGAAGUACUAUUUGAUACUGUUGUUUCUUGCGGGCUACCUUGCCCCUACACUAUACUGCGGUCUAUUGUAUGAUGAUUAUCUCGGGGGCUUCGUCUUCGCAGGCUGCAUUGCGACGGCCCUGCAACAACAAGGCACGUUCUGCGUUAAUUCGGUGGCUCAUUGGUAUGGGUCUCAGCCUUAUUCAACCGACAAAACUCCAAAAGACCACCCUUUGACUGGCUUACUAACCCUUGGAGAGGGAUAUCAUAAUUUCCAUCACGAGUUCCCAAUCGACUAUCGGAAUGGAGUUCGUUGGCAUGACUUUGAUCCAACCAAAUGGGUAAUCUGGUUAUGUGCUCAGUUCGGUCUGGCCACUAAUCUACGACGCUUCCCACAAAAUGAGAUUGAAAAGGGGAGAAUUCAGCGGAGAAGAGAGAAGUUGGAUGAGGAAAGCGAGAAGGUGGAUUGGGGCGUGCCGCUUGAAGAACUCCCGGUUAUGGAAUGGGAAGAAUUCCAGCAACAGGCAAGGACAGGAUGCAAUCUGAUUGUCAUCAGAGGGGCUGUACACGAUGUUUCGGCAUUUGUGACGGAGCAUCCGGGAGGUGCAGCAAUGAUUACGGGUGCAAUAGGCAAGGAUGCAACGGAGAUGUUCGAAGGGGGCGUUUACGGCCAUUCGAAUGCAGCCUCCAAUCUCUUAGAUACUAUGAGAAUAGCAGCAAUCAAGAAGGAAGCUAAUGUGGAGUAG